AUGGGGUUGCGUUAUUCUGCUUAUAUUGAGAGCCCAUCCCCACAUUCUGAGGUUGAUUCCUCAGACUAUCUGAGAACAAACAGCAGUUUGUACCAUUUGUUAGCGGAUUCCCGUCGGAUGCAUUUUAGUCACAGUUCGCAGGGUAGGUGCCACAGGGAGUGUUCCAAUUCAAAGUUCAUCACUUACGGUUGCCGGCGUUGCAGAACGCAUUUGUCCAGUUCCACUCAAAUAAUGUCCAAGGAUUACAGGGGCAAGACAGGUGAUGCGUAUCUUAUGGGUGAGGUCGUUAAUGUCAUUCAGGGUGAAGUUGAAACACGCCCGAUGAUUACAGGCGAUUAUAUUGUGUGCGACAUUCUUUGUCAUUGGUGUAAAAGUUUAUUGGGUUGGAAAUAUCUGGAGAGUGAGAGAAAGGAUCAGCGGUAUAAGGAGGGCAAGUACAUUUUGGAACUACAAACUAUUUGUAGAUGUGAAUAA